CUGACUACACAUUUCUUAUUGCAUAGCGUAUUGUCAUUACUUGCGCUUUUCUGCCGAGGCCCAUCCCGAUUGUCCUCGCGCCUAUUCUUAUUCCCCUAUUUGCUUUUCCGUGUUUACAUCACCGCCUUUCCGGGAACAGCUCGAGGCAGAUCGAGCCCUCAACCCAUCACCAGUGGCCUUUCUCUCGUAUGCGAACUGAGACAGGAUCUUCGACGUCGCUCACGAGCCAGCACUGGUCCCGGGGGGCUGCCGCUUCAAAAGAACAUUCGGCCGGCUCGGACACCGACAGCAGCAGCAAGCAGAGAGCCCGCAUUAAAAAGAGGCAGCACGCAUGAAAACGCAAUGUCCCGAGCUUGAUCGACGGCCUCGUUGCUUUUCUGAACAAGACAUUCGUCGCACCGGGCCUGGUGCAGAAUGUCGGCGCCGUCAGACCAGCUGGAUCGAUCACCGUCACGCCAGCAAUCCAGCGCCAUCCGUGUCGUGCCGUACUCGCCUCCGCGCGCACGCAACUCCUCAGAGGCGGCUCGGCCGCAGGAAGAGUCGCAUGACUUCAGCAGCACCACAGACGAUAAUAACAACAGUAACAACGAUGGACGGGCCGAUCCGACGGUUGGGAAGACAACGACUGCUAGCAGUGAGAAUAGACGAUACUAUCCACCGGUGACACGUUCUGAGCGGCCACCUCCUCAACUGGCAAAACGACGGGAUGAUGCCGUUUCAGAAUGGAGGUCUGCUACAUUUCAAGGCACAUCGUUCGCCGAGCCACGAUAUGGCACAGCCGCCCCUGCGGUGACCCCUACUGUGGUCCCUGUCUCUCCUUCAUCCAAUGUUCUCCCCGGUCCCAGCGUACCUGGCAGCGGGCGUCGCCCCAGCUCCCGCCGGAGCAAAUUCGUCGCAGUCCUGAACGAGGACAAGACGUUCUCCCUGGUCCCACAACGUCCGAGGGAAUCGGAUCCGAAACCUUCACAGUCGUAUUAUCCUCCACGCUCCUCGUCAGGGUUGUCCGAAUAUGCUGGCCUGGGUCUUAGGUCCUCGCAGUUGCAUUCCUUCCCGACCACGCCGCGCGUCUCACAGGCCAGCUCGCACGAGGGUGUCUCCUCUUAUGCGUCCAGCCAUUAUGAUCGGCCCAGCUCAUCUCUGGCGGAGACCAUCCCCGACCGCAGCCUGACGCCUGCCACACCUGUGCCUUCUUCUCCCGGUUCCUCCUACCAAGAGACCAUAACUGAGCAUCCUGCUGUUGUCGAACCUUCUCUCAACACCCCGUCUUGGAUCGGCCGCAUGGUGGGGGGUUUGCGUAGGUUUCAGCCACAUCAGGACUCAAUCGGGUCCCUUGAAUCAGCACAAUCGUCGACGUCUGAUAAUCCUAACUACCGAGUCUACGGACCCAGCAGCCCUGUUCUUUCACCGGUCCCAGAGUCUCCCGCUCCGGCAGAGGACACACGCGAGCUCAGACCGGCAAAUUCUUUUCUCUCUGGAACCUCCAGCCUCGCCGAGUCAGCCAACUACGUGGUCUAUGGACAGAACAGCUCUGCUCUCAGCUCUGUAGAGAGUUUCAACCCGCCUUCUGAGUCCGGCUCAUUUGCGCCUCUCCUGGGCUCGCCGUCAGCCGCCGCUGGUCCGUCCGGUAUUGUUACUGCUGCCGAGCCAAACUACGUUGUUCUCGGAGAACCCACGCCCGAGCCAUCUCGCGAGGCCAGUCCUAACUCUGCCGAGUCCGGAGGUACUGUUGUUCGACGCCCGCGCGAGGAGUACUCACAAGAGAGCUUGGUGGUAUCGCCUUUGAGGCCUCGCAGAGCGUCUCUUGAAGGGUUCGGAUACUUCACAGCCAGGUCGAGAACCAAGUCAAAGGAGGACCUCCGAACAAAGAAGCCGCUGAAGUCGACAAAAUCAUCCAUCUCGUCUAUCAUCAACGAGGAGGCGUCCGAGGAUUUUCUCGCCACCCAGGCUUAUCUGGAUGCGCCGGCUGGCGAACAGCUCGACGAGCAGCGGGAGCGGGAGCGCCAGCAGAGGGAGGCAGCUGAGUGGGACAGCCCAGUGGUGGCACCAGACUCAGAGGGCCCCAUGGCACUGCCGACGACACCGCACCAGUGGAGUUCCCAGCUCUCGACGGUGCAGUCGGAAUCGGAGCCCGAUAGCUCCAGCGGAACUCGCAACUCCUUCGGAUCGAUAUCGGUCCCGGGCAGCCAUGGCAGCCACGACAGGCGCAGCAGCCGGGGCUGGAGCUCCCACAGCAGGCAGAUGCUCAGCAUCUCUUCAUCACUGGCUGCCGAGCUCGAGGCUGCCUCGCGGUCCAGAUCUAACUCCAACUCGCAGCCUGGCUCCCUCGAGAAGCCGAGCCCCUCUUACCGCCCGCCGUAUCGCGGCAUGAUCCGGGAUCACGAUGAGGACGGCGACGGCCUCGGGGAGCUUCACCAGAUCAGCCCCAGACCGUCGCGGUCGAGGCUCUCUGAGCUGUUUGCCCAUGGCAACCAUUCCGAGAGGAACCUGCACUCGUCUGCGAGCAUGCGUUCCUUUAGCAACACCAUCCCCCUUUGGGCCAAGGUCUACUACGGCAGCGGAGAGCGCAAGUUCCUCAGGUCGACGUCCAUCUCUAGCAUGUCCGACCUGAGCAGCCGUCCCGGGUCGAUGCUACACCACAGCGCAUCCCCCCUAUCUGAGGAUUAUCCUCAGGGCAUCUACAGCCCUCGGCGGAGGCCCAAGGAGUAUGGACAAGACGGCCGGCGGACAUCAAGGGUGGGAAGCAUGGAGAUCGGAGCCGAUUCCACCAACGACGAGUUCGGGUUCCGGAGGAGCAUACGGCGGAUGACCUCAAGCCUGUGGUCCCCCCCACCUGCGGCGAGAUGUCCGCGCGCGCUACACGAUCUGGGACACGCCCUCGGUGGCCUGGUGGUACUCUUUGUGUUCGGCUUCAUCUUCCCGUUCGCCUGGAUGAUUGGUGCCGUGCUGCCGCUGCCGAAGCCCUCGCCUCUCGCCAUGGUGCAGAGAGACUCGAGCUACAGCGACCUCGCGGUGCGCACCCGUUCCCACGAGUUCGACCGCCACAUCGAGUCGGUCGACGAGCUCCGCUACGAGAACGCCAAGUGGUGGCGCAUGCUCAACCGCUGCAUGUCAUUCGUCGGGCUCCUCAUCAUCGGCGCUGUCGUAGGCCUGGCAGUGGCUGCUGUCAAGGAGGGAUGGACCUCUGGGAGCUGA